AUGGAGCUAGGAGGCGCUUUCACUAUCUUUCUGGCACUCUCUUUGUCUUGCCUGAUCAUCCUCAUUGCCUGGAAACGAAUCAGCAAGGGCGGGAAGCUGCCUCCAGGCCCCACACCACUGCCCUUCCUGGGAAACCUGCUGCAAGUCCGAACCGAUGCCACCUAUCAGUCUUUCAUGAAGCUCAAAGAGAAAUAUGGCCCGGUGUUCACUGUGUACAUGGGCCCCAGGCCUGUAGUUAUUUUAUGUGGACAUGAAGCAGUGAAGGAGGCUCUGGUAGACCGAGCAGAUGAUUUCAGUGGCCGUGGAGAAUUGGCAUCCAUAGAUCGAAACUUCCAAGGUCAUGGUGUCGCGAUGGCGAACGGUGAAAGGUGGAGGAUUCUGCGUCGUUUCUCCCUGACCAUCCUCCGGGACUUUGGGAUGGGAAAGCGAAGCAUUGAGGAGCGGAUCCAGGAGGAGGCUGGCUACCUAUUGGAAUCAUUACGGAAGACCAACGGCGCCCCCAUCGACCUCACCUUCUUCCUGAGCCGCACAGUCUCCAACGUCAUCAGCUCGGUCGUUUUCGGAAGCCGCUUCGACUAUGAGGACAAGCAGUUCCUGACACUGCUGAGGCUGAUAAACGAGAGUUUCAUUGAGAUGAGCACACCAUGGGCACAGCUAUAUGAUAUGUAUUCCGGAGUCAUGCAAUAUUUUCCUGGAAGACACAAUCGAAUCUAUUAUCUGGUAGAGGAGCUCAAGGACUUCAUUGCAGCCAGGGUCAAAAUCAACGAAGCAUCUUUAGACCCCUCAAAUCCUCGGGACUUCAUCGACUGCUUCCUCAUUAAGAUGCACCAGGAUAAAAAUAACCCACAAACAGAGUUCAACCUCAAGAAUUUGGUCCUUACCACUCUCAAUCUCUUCUUCGCUGGCACGGAAACAGUGAGCUCCACUCUCCGCUAUGGGAUCCUACUGCUCAUGAAGUAUCCAGAGGUGGAAGCCAAGAUCCAUGAAGAGAUUAACCAGGUGAUUGGAUCCCAUCGAAUCCCAAGUGUGGAUGACAGGCUCAAGAUGCCCUACACGGAUGCAGUGAUUCAUGAGAUACAGAGAUUGACAGACAUCGUACCUAUGGGCGUCCCCCACACUGUCAUCCGGGACACUAAUUUCCGAGGCUUCCUUUUGCCCAAGGGCACCGAUGUAUUUCCCCUACUUGGUUCAGUCCUGAAAGACCCAAAGUACUUCCGCUGCCCAGAUGGCUUCUAUCCACAACACUUCCUGGAUGAGCAGGGCCGUUUCAGGAAGAAUGAAGCCUUUGUGCCUUUUUCCUCUGGAAAGAGAGUCUGUCUGGGUGAGGCCAUGGCACGAAUGGAACUCUUCCUGUACUUCACCUCCAUCCUGCAGAACUUCUCCCUGCGUCCUCUGGUGCCACCGGCUGACAUCGACAUCAACCAUAAAAUCUCCGGAUUUGGCAACAUUCCCCCGAGCUAUGAGCUCUGCCUUGUGGCCCACUGA